GGAGAGGAAGCUUGUAGGGGUUUCAGGGCACGCUUUGGAUCGGUGUUUUCUACUGAGAAGAUUGUGCGCAUUGCGCACUCAUCGGUUGGCCUUGACACCUCGAGAGAGAAAGCCUUGAUAAGCAAAUGAGAAUUUAAAUAAAAAAUUAAUGAAGAAAAAGCAAGAAGUAUUUAGAGAGAGAAAGUAGGAGAGAGAGAGAAGCAUUGGGUGUCUCUCCGAAGGAAAAGCUGAAGUGAAAAAGAGGUAGCGGCAGCAACAGCAGCUGCAGAAGUUGCAGUGGGACAGCGAUUUUGCAGAGGAGGUGUAGGCUCCGCAUCGUUAAACGUCGAUCAACUUUGGACGCUCUUCGAUCCGUCUCUCUUUAUUUCAUCUCGUUUUCUUAAAUCUCUGGGAACAUCGUUCGGCUGUUUCAGGAAUCGAAAUUGGAGCGAGAUUUUUCUCGGCGAUCGAGCUGGGGAUUUGUGGUAUUCCGUUUUUUUAACCCGGUAAAUCUUGAGAUCUUCUUGGAGAAUUUGGAGGAACCGAGGCUGUUCUCGUCAUGAGAAGGGGGAGUAUUUUAGGGUUUUCGGUCGGGGAGAGGCCGGACUAUCUGAGACUCUUGAGCAUAUUCUAGCGGAUUGCGGUUGGAGGAAGCUUGACUUUUAUAGAGACUUUGCCACUUCUAAACGUAAAAGAAGAAUAGCAGAAUCCAGCUCUUGAAGAUCAAUCAGAGUUAAAGAUCGAACAUCUUUGCGCAUUUAAGGAGGAGUUAAGAGGGUUUUAUUCGAAGUGGAGUCGGAACAAUCUGACACAUUUAUAAUCGAUUAACAAGCCGUUGCACAAUCACCUGCGUUAUAUUAUGUGUCCAGUUCGUCUUUAGGCAUUUCCAGAAGAUGUUUGUGUAAAUUGCAUCGAGAUCAAGGGGAACAGUUUUUACUGCGUCGGUUAUUAAAGAGGUUUUGGGAGAGAGUAAAUAAUAGGGGAACAGUGUUGGAAACUUGAAAUUUCGAGUACUGAAAACUAGUCUUGGUUGGUAAGAAUAUUAAAAGCUUCCUGUCCUCUGGAAAUAAUAACCUUGGCAUAGAAGGAGGCUUUCUCUUCUCUGUAUGAAAAAUCCUCUCCCACAAAAGGGAUGGGGUAGUUGAAGGCUUGAGGCGAGUGAUUGGGCGACAGGUUCUGAGACUUUGUCGAAUUUGACUUGAAUUUACGGCUUUUGGUUGGGGAAUUGUCGUAGAUCGUGGACUUUUGUGGACUUCAUUAUCGCUCUUCCAUGGAAAUGGCUGCUUUAAAUCAAUCAUCCGGAGGACCUAACUCAGGGUCCUCCAGCGAUCUUUUGUACAAGGAACUGUGGCAUGCCUGUGCCGGACCAUUGGUCACUGUACCUCGCGAAGGAGAACGAGUAUACUACUUCCCUCAAGGUCAUAUGGAACAGCUUGAAGCAUCAACACAUCAAGGGCUGGAUCAGCAGAUGCCAUCAUUCAAUUUGCCAUCUAAAAUACUUUGCCGAGUGGUUCAUGUGCAGCUUCGGGCUGAACCAGAAACAGAUGAAGUCUAUGCCCAGAUUACCCUGCUCCCUGAAUCAGAUCAAAGUGAGGUCACCAGCCCAGAUCCUCCAUUACCUGAACCUCCAAGAUGCACAGUCCAUUCUUUUUGCAAGACUCUAACUGCUUCUGACACAAGCACGCAUGGAGGUUUCUCUGUUCUUAGGAGGCAUGCAGAUGAUUGCCUGCCACCAUUGGAUAUGUCCCAGCAUCCACCUUGGCAGGAAUUGGUUGCAACAGAUCUGCAUGGAAAUGAAUGGCAUUUUCGUCAUAUUUUUCGAGGGCAACCCAGGCGCCACCUACUAACUACAGGGUGGAGUGUCUUUGUUAGUUCCAAGAGAUUAGUAGCUGGUGAUGCAUUUAUAUUCCUAAGAGGUGAAAAUGGAGAGUUGCGUGUUGGAGUGAGGAGGCUUAUGAGACAGUUAAACAAUAUGCCAUCAUCUGUCAUAUCAAGCCACAGCAUGCAUCUUGGGGUCCUAGCUACUGCAUCUCAUGCCAUUGCAACUGGAACUCUUUUUUCUGUAUUCUACAAGCCAAGGACGAGUAGGUCUGAGUUUAUCAUAAGUGUCAACAAGUACCUUGAAGCUCGAAACCACAAGCUAUCUGUUGGGAUGAGGUUUAAGAUGAGAUUUGAGGGUGAGGAAGCUCCUGAAAGAAGAUUCAGUGGUACCAUAAUUGGUGUUGGGGAAAAUGCAUCACCAUGGUGGGCAGAUACUGAGUGGAGAUCCUUAAAGGUUCAAUGGGAUGAACCAUCAUCAAUUCCACGACCAGAUAGAGUUUCACCAUGGGAAUUGGAGCCACUUGUGGCAACUGCUCCUUCAACCUCUCAGCCAGUGCAGAGGAAUAAAAGGGCACGUCCACCAGUUUUACCUCCUCCGACAUCAGAUGUUUCAGUUUUUGGAAUGUGGAAAUCUCCAGUUGAGUCUUCUACUUUUUCAUAUUCUGGUCUACACCGUGGCCGAGAUCUGUAUCCAUCACCCAAUUCAACAUCCCUCUUCUCCUCAGUCACUAAGGCCAAUUCCCUGGGAUUCAAUGGAAAUAGUUCUCCAGCUGCUGUGACCAGUAAUCCAGUGAAUUGGUCUAACAGAGCAGAAGCUCCAGCUGAGUCUGUUACCCAAGCCAUUAAUAGAGAAUCUGGUGAAAAGCGACAGGAGACUUCUAGUGGCUACCGGCUAUUUGGAAUUCAGCUUGUCGACAACUCCACUUUGGAGGAAACCUCGCCAGUGGUUACUCUCUCCGGAAUUGGUGAAGAUCAACCUGCUCCUUCUAUGGAUGCUGAUUCUGACAGGCAAUCUCAGCCAUCAAAUAUCAAUCGAUCGGAUAAUCAUGCAGUAAGCAGUGAACCUGAGAAGUCAUGCCUGAGGUCUCCACCACAAGAGAUGCAAAGCAGACAAACUCGAAGUUGCACUAAGGUUCACAUGCAAGGGAUGGCUGUUGGAAGGGCUGUUGACUUGCAACGGUUUGACUGCUAUGAGGACCUUCUCCGAAAGCUUGAAGAGAUGUUUAACAUUGAAGGCGAGCUCUGUGGGCUGAAAAAGAAAUGGCAAGUUGUUUACACUGAUGAUGAAGAUGACAUGAUGAUGGUUGGGGAUGACCCCUGGCAUGAAUUCAUCAACAUGGCAAGGAAGAUCUUCAUCUACACAGCUGAGGAAGUGAAGAGGUUGUCUGCCAAGACGAAGCUUCCGGGGAGUGCCGAAGUCAAACCAGUCAUACUGGAUACAGAAGCAGUAGUCGGUAACGAGGACCAGUCUUCUGUGAUAGGGUCUGAUGGUUAAUGAGGCUGCACCCAUUACUAUUUUCUUAGUUCGGGAGACGGAACAAAAUACAAAUAGAAAAAGAAAAAAAAAAAAAAGAGAAGCUCCUCCAUCAUCGCUUCUCAAAUUUUUUCAUUCUGGACCAGAUUGGAAGGGCUUGGCACAGGGGGCGGUUAACCCAUGUUGUUGGGUCCAGUUUGGUUUGGGAUGUAGUGGGAGAGGUGAGGUGGUUAGACUAUAUUGACCACAUAUUGGUUGGGAAGUGGUUUGCCUGUAUCUUUUGUUCGUCUUUUUUUUUUUUGUUAUAAUUCUUGGCUUAAUGUAGUCUUUUUUGCUUGUAUUUUUGGGGGGAAACUUGGUAACUGAGAAGUCCGAGAUAUCAUAGUGUAGGGAUGUCGAUUGUGUGGUGAAGUUGGUAGGAUACAUUUGUCGAUUAUGCUGCAAAGGUAAAACGUAAACAGGUGGUUUAUUCUGUGA